GGAGACGAUGGGCAGACAUCAGAUCCACGAAUCGAACCAGACGAGACCGGCAGCAGGCUCAUGAUCGGGUUCUGGUCGGUGUCGAUUGAGAGUGUGCGCACUGGCCGGGCCGGAGAGCGAGAUACGGCGAAAUUGCGUCGGCAGCAGGACAGAGCCCCUCGCCUGUCGGCAGAACCAAGCGACAGAUGGCCCCAUCAUCGACAUCGGCUCCUCGCCCAAACCUUCCCAGCGGCGCAUCGGAGCAUUUAGCACCAGACGCUUCUCGGCAGGCAACCCUCCAGGAAUGACCAACUUCACCAUCCCGGAGAAGGAGCCGGGCAAGGAGCGGGACAGCAUGGUCGCUCGCAGCAGCGUGCCCGCAGAUGAAGACGACCAGGAUGCAGGCGGCGACGGCAGCAGCAGUUCGCUCGGGAACAUGGCCGACGCGACCGGCGAUGAUAAUCCGUCGCAUUCGCCCCCGAACCGAGGGUCGACGAGCUUCAGAGAGGCCUCAGAAGGAAGACACUCCAGCGGCCAUCGGACCGACGGAAGCCACUUCAACAGCACCGACAACUCGUCGUCCGUCGGUGGGGAGCUGAUCGAUAUCACUGCGAAAAAGUCCAAAGUGAAGGAGAUUUACGAAGUUGUGUACCAGCUGCUCUUCCUGAUGGUGGUUGGCAACUACCGAGCCUCCACGCUCUUCGCAGUGGCCUCCAUCAUCGGCGAGGACAUCCAGUUGCUGACGUACUUUUUCUCGUCGCUCGCGGCCAUGUACUACCCCAUCCCGAGCUUCAUCACCACCCUGACCUCGAUUCCCUACAGCACCUUGACAACGUCGCAGUUCCAGAUCUACUUUUGCUGUGCGACGGUCGCGUGCUUUCUCUUCGUGGCGAAUGUCGCAUACGUUGCCUGGGGGACGGUGAGAGGACAGCACAAGAAAAUCUGGCCCAUCUCGACCCUGAGAGUGGCUGCGAGUGUCCUGCCAACGCUCUUCUACUCCCCCAUCAUCAACAUCCUGGUCACUCCAAUCCAAUGCGAGUGGCAGAGCACAGGCUCCGGCUCACAGACACAAAUCGUCUCGAACCUGGGAUGCUACGACUUCCAGCGGCUGCUGUUUCUCUCCUUCUCGGGACUAGCAGGGCUGCUGUUCAUUCCGACAUCGUGUGCGAUGAUCAGUGUGUACUUGGACAUGAAUCCGUGCCUCAAGGGCAAUCGGAACAAGUCGCACGGCCGAGUGGAUCUCAUCUACAUCGCUCUCAAGACGAUCUUGAUUUGCUGCUGGCGCUUCGUGCCGAGUCCGAUCAUUCAGUUUGCAGUGGGCUAUUGCACCUGCACAUUCAUGUUCUUGUCCAUCAUGUUCUACCAGCCAUACUUCAAUGCUCGCUUCAACCAGCUGCGCGCCGCCAACUACUGCGCCUCGAUGUUCGCAGGAGCUAUGAGUCUGAUCGGCGUCGGCGUUUCAACUUAUGGAUCAGUGUCUUUGCCGUGGUUUUACACGAUCCUGAUGGUGAUUGUGGUGCUCAUCGGAUACGCUACCGGAUGGUACUUUUGCGAGUUCAUAUACAUCCGUGUCCAGGAAGAGGCUCGCAGGGCCCUUGAAAACAUGUACUCGAACGUGCACUCCAGCCAGUACGAGGACGACACGAUCAUAUUCAGGUUCUGGCCGCACGUCGAGAUGACUGCCCGAUUCAUUGUCGAGGCGCUCGACAACAGAAGAAGGAGGGUUGACAUGGCCAAAUUUGGCGAAGUCAAGCGUAUCUUCAAGCGCGGACUGCAGGAGUUCCCGGAAGAAGCGUACAUCCGCCUCCAAUACGCAACAUAUCUGUUCCACCUGACCAACGCUCGCCAAGAGGCGCUGAGGUCUCUGAAGCGCAUCAAGUCGCUGGAUCCUUCGUUCGACGUCUCCUGUCAAAUACACUUUUUGAACCAGAUCAAUCAGCAAAUGGCCGAGUCCGAGUUUCUUGGCUCUGGAGUCCAGCUGGAUGUCACAAGCUUUGCCGAUUUUCAAAAGAGCCACCGGACAGCUACACGCAACCACCAGAUUGCGAACGCAUAUAUAACCAAGUUUUGGUCAACCGUGGUGGACAAGAAAACGACUGUCUUUGAUGUCGAGAGCGUUGGUCUGAGGCUGUACUCGACCUCCCAGAAAGCGGAUAAUGCAUAUCUGUCCCUGGUCAGCCGAUUCCCGAAGAGCCAGUAUUUUCUGAGAAUGUACGCAAAGUUUUGCUUUGAUGUGACCAACGAUAUCGAGAAGGGAAACGCACUCGUGGAAAAGGCCGAUUUCCUCGAGGGCGAAGAGCAAGCUGACGGAUCUGUCGACGAUUUGCACAACAUCAUGACCCUGGAGAGGGAACCACGCUCCAGUCCACAGAAAUCGCAAGCUUCUCGACUCAGUCGUGUCCCCGAAGAACGAGCAUCGGUUGCGCAGAGAGUCAGAAAUAUGGACAAGCACGAAUCCCGAAGCCAGGCGCCCUCGUCAACCGGCACGACGUCGGCGGACGAUUACAAGGCCAUGCAAGAGCGAAUGCGAAUGCGAUCGCAGCUCAUCAUCAAGCGUAACCGCGACAUGAAGUCGCUAACGAUUGCGUCAAACAUCAUGGGGCUGAUGAGCUUGGCGGCGGCUGUCACCAACUCGAUCCUGUGUGCACACUUACUGCAGUACACCAUAUUCGGCACCAAAAUUCUGCAAGGACUUCAUUCUCGUGAAAGGUUCAGUGCCUGGAUUCCAUAUCGCGCGAGGGCACUGCAAGCGGCAUAUCUUGCCAACGACACAGCCACAUUCAAUCAACAACAACUUCUGCUGCGAUCCGAAAUGGAUCAGUACAACUACUGGACAGAUUGGCUGUUCUCUUGGUCUGAUAUUGAUCCAGCAACUUUUUCAUGGUACAACGAUCCCUCCAUCGCAGUCAACCUCACUGCGUAUCCGUAUGUCAACCAGCCAUUUCAAGAGAUAGUGAGCGGGUACGACUUGACCAAGAGACUGGCGUCCAGCGGAUACGAUCUCAGCUACAAGAGCUUCUCGGCCUUUGCAAACAUAUCCUAUGACAGCUCGUUCAGAUUUGUCAUGGACAACUUCCGGUACCUUCAUGUCUAUUACGACUACUCCAUGAACGACUGCUUCUUUGCGUAUCAAAGCGCCACAGCCGCUACAGCUGCAAACACAAUCACUGAGCUCACGAUAGUCUAUAUAUUGGUCGUCAUUGCGCUUGUGGUAAUUCUGGACUUUGGCGUAAUGUCGUUCCUGAAGCUCCAGCGGAAGGCUCUCUCGUUUUUCAAAGAGAUUCCAGCUCAAAUCAUCAAAGAACACAUCAACAAGAUCGAGCUUGAACGGAGUGAGGACAUUUUCUUUAACACCACCAACAACCUGGCUGUUGACAGCGAAAGUGUGAAGCAGUCGUUUGCCUCUGGAAAAUGGGGACUGCGGUUUCAAUACGGUCUGUAUGUCUUGGUGACAUGCACACUCGCCGGGGUGUUCUACUACAUCAAUGUGCUGUCUGUGAAUCAAAUGGGCGUCAACUUCGGUACAGUCGAUCAGUUCGGCGACAUGAUGACGUUCAACAUCCGAACCUUCACUUGCACCAAUGAGAUGCUCAUCCAGGACACAUUCACCUGGGGGAGCGAGCCUCAAAUACGUGCAUUCUACGACCAUGAAUUCCUAAAUCUCUACAUGAUCUACACGAAUAUGAUAUAUGGAAACCCAACGAAUAGUCCACCAACACUGCCCUUUGAGCUUUAUAGUUCAACGUUGUUCGGGGACUUGGAGAUGAGUUGCUUGCUGCUGAACCAGUCGGCAUGCUUCAAUCGCACGUGGAACCCUUCCAUGGGGAAUGUCAGCAGCAUGGUCAGCCACGGCAUUCCGUACUUGCAGAACUACAUCUACGGCAUCCAGAAUAGAUUCUACGAAGCGACGCUGGUCGGGCCCUUUGUGCCCGAUAACGCCACGAUCAGUCUGCUGCGAACCCUGCUCACCCCGGACCUGAUCGAAGGAUAUCAAAGAGCAGAGGCAUCCAUAUACGGAAACCUCGACGCCAACCUUGCAACCUAUCAGUGGUACAACAACAUCCUGUUGGCGGGCCAGAUCGUCAUCAUUGUUGUGGGCCAGUUCAUUGUGUUUCACCGGAUGAACACGCGGUUCCGCUUCGUCAACGACUGUGUCAUAGAUUUGAUAGUCAGACUUCCAGAGAACAUCCGAAAGCAUCCAGAAGUUGCAGAUAGGCUCGCACGCGGUCUGCAAAGCGAUGAAGUCGAGUGGUUUUACACUGUUUGGUACAGGAAAAUUAAGGACUGGCACGAGCGCCGACAGUGGGAGUGGCGAAGGAAGCUGGUCAAGCCGCAGCCCAAGCCGGAUGGUGCGAUGGCCCGUCGGUUCGAGUCGCCCGGUCGGUCUGACCAACUCGAGCGAUCCAAACCGCCUGUCAAGUUUGGAAGUGUCGAUCAGCUCACAAAGCCAUCAUACAUGUCCGCGUCGGGCACAUCGCCUGGAUCCAGUGUUGUUCAAGGGUCGAUCCUCCGAACCCAAACAGGCAGUCCGAGAAACAGCACACCCAAGCGGGUAUCGACGUCAUUCUCGGCGGCAGAGAGCGCGGAGCCGAGCCCCACCAAGGCCGAGCGAGGCAAAAGCCCGCUGUCCUAUUACCAGGCAGCCCAGCAGAACAGCCCGAACCUGAUUGUCAUCCAUCCAAAGCCGCGCUGGGGGGCGCCGGAAGUCAGGAAUGAUAAUGCGGAUGGCGGCCACGACAUCCAGGAGAGCGAGAACGAAAACCCAUUCGAGUGAGCCCGAUGGUCGGACACUCCCGCGCACCCGGACUACUCUUGAAAUGCACACGAUAUUCAGAACACUGAAAAAUCAGUAGAUCCAUCUAAUAGAAAACGGCCAACCUCCUAAGCACG